AUGGAAUCUUCAACUAAUGUCAAUAGCGACCUCAGCGAUUUAGUGCAAAUGACAUCUUCGUCAUCAUCGACAAAUAUACCAAACAAUCCUGAAGUCGCCAAAAUUUAUGCAGAAGUUAUUAAGAAAGCCGUGUUUAAAUUUCUUUUAAAAAUGGGCAUUCAAUCUGUUGAUGAACUUAAAGAUCAGCUCAAGACGCGAAAACCGUUUACGGAGAAAGAAGAAGAAGAGGAGGAAGAGGUAAAUGAGCAAAUUCGGCACGAAGAGCAAUCGUCGACAAUUAGUCCAAUGCCGCGAGAGGAGUUUUACAAAUUACUGAAUAACGGAAUAGAUUUAAAAGAACGUCACGAGUCGCCAGCGCAUAACAGACGAUCGUCUAUUAUUGGCAAUAUCAUCCCAAUGUCUCCAAUUGCUUCGGAAGUUUCAUUUACUACUACACAUCAACGGAUGGCUAGGAGAAGGUCAUCUGAUCAGAGAAUGUUUUCGUCAACACGACUAGCAACUCCAAAAUCAGUCCAAUCGCGAUGGGCGACCGUUAUGCCGGGAACCCCGAAUGCGGCAUCGACACCGGUAAAACAUUUCACGCCCACAAUUAUUUAA